UAAUAAAUGAGUGAGAUUGGAUUAGCCAAGAAACAUAAGAAAUUAGCUAUUAAAAAGCAGAAUACUGGUAACAAGACAAACGGAAAAAGCAAAAUUUGAGAAAUGAAUACAACAGUGUUUGACUUAAAAAAGAGAUUGAAGAAAAAUAAGAUGACUACUAAGCUGAAUAAAAUAAGAAGAAUUCCUAAGAAGUACAUGACUGACCCUAAGAAAAUCAUGAAGAGUAGGUUCAACAGAAUCAAGAGUUGUUCUCAUGAGAAGAAGGUCUUUGAGGAAAGAUUGAAGUUCUUAAGAAGUGGAACUAAAGAAAAACAGUCCUCCAAAAGCAAAAAGAUCAGAAAUAUUCCAAAAUUUAAUUCACUUUCAAGAAAACCACAUAGAUUUUUGAGUCCAGCUGUCAAGCUGAUCAACAAGCUUAUUCUCAGAGAAGCAAACUCAGGAGGAUCAUCCUGGAGGAAGAAUUCCAAAAGGAGAACCCCUUCUAAAAAAUUGAUUAAAAAAAGAAUUAAGUUCAACUUGAGAGCAAAGCUCUCAAGGCUAGUUAAGCCUGAGAAGUUAAAGAAAUCUCACAAAGUCAACAUAUCCAAGAUAUUCGGAGGUUCUGCAAAUUCGUCUUUGAAGCCAGCUAUGGCUGAGAAUAAACGAUACAGUCAUAUUUGCACAAUUCAGCCUUAUCAUGAGCAAAAAGAGCAUGCUCAUAGAAGAAUGUCUGAGUUUGUUCACAUAGACUCUGAAUAUCAAAAUUUUGAGGUUUACAAAUCAAUGAAUCAAGAUAAAGGAUCUGUCAAUAUUCAGGACAAAUUCUUGCCUGAUCAUAGAUUAGAUUCUACCAAAGGCUUGUGCUUCCCGAACCUAGCAAAUGGUAGAUGUGUAGAGGUCCUCGACGCUUUCUCUCCCAGAUAAUUUAAAGCUUCUAGUUUACCAGAAAGCCAAAAAUCAGAUUUUGUUUCUAAAUUGCCUUCUUGGUUAAAAGUUCUCGAGUUUUAGAUAUUUCUCGACCAAAUUCGCAAAAUGUAAUCAAUAUAUUAUUGGCAUAAAU